AUGGCCUCUUCCCAGCCGGCUCAGAACCGAAUCACAAAGGUUCUGGAUCCGACCAAGAUCGGGACCUGGAACAUUGUUCGCCGUCCACCUAUCCCAAAUCACACUGUCAUCCAGGGAAAACCUCGAGAGCAGAAUUCAAAUGCUUUCAAAGAAUUCCAGAAACAGGAGGGAGCCCGGCUACGGAAAGCCUUGAACCGUAUCACACAUGGCAAGAACAUUUUUGUCUACAACAACAUUCGCACGAACCAGGUGGUGUACUCGCUGACCCGGUAUCUCGAGGCUAAUUCGACUAUACGGAUUCGAUCAGAAAACAAUGUACUCUCACAAAUGGUGUUCCAUGGCAAGAAAACUGUUCCUGCGACUCUUCGAAAAGAUAUGUGGGUUCCCUACUACUCUGUACAUUUCAACGAUGCGAAGGUCGGUCUGCGUGCCUACCAUCUCCUGCGUGAAUUUUCGAUGCAGCGGCAGCUCUCUCCGCCGAGGGAGAUGAUCACAAUUACGGAAGAGUUUCUGGAACGAAAGAGGCCGAAGGACCCGAUAGAGGCCGAAAAGUUUGAUAAGGAGUUCAGGCCCAAGCUCGGGUGGAUGAUGGACAAGAAGCAACGGGCCCGUGUUCUAAUGGACCAAAAGGCCACCAGUGUCGCAGACAUUGCGGCAGUUCUUCGCAUUCAGGAGGAGGAGAUCAAGAACGGAUUUGCGGAUGGCAAGAGAGGCUAUCUGACCCGAACUGCGCGAAAACGCCGACGAGCAGCCUUGCGAAAGGAAGACGAGGUGUCAGCGCGGGCUGCGGAGCGGGUGGCCAAAUUCGAGGAAAUGAUCAGCAACGACCAGGUGGAAUACAAGAUAGAGGAUCCCCAAGGCAAUGACGAGUACGACUUGGAGGGCGACGAGGUCAAGAUCCUCUGGUCCGAUCUGUACGAUGCGAACUAUGCCGAGUCGUGGCCCGAGCGGGUCAAGCACGGCGAGUUGGACCUGACUCGCGACCAUGUGAUGCCGGGACAGAAGCCUCUGGGAGUCGAAAUAUUGGCGCAUGAAGAGUUUAAGGAGAAAAAGCCUUCCUCCUCGUCGUCUUAA